AGAGGAAAACAAUACAUACAUUUUUAACACAACGGAACAUCAUGUAGAGAGAAGACAACAGCUGAAACCAGUGGUUAUUCGUCAAAUAACAAUGUCAUUUUGCAAACUUGUGGAUAUCAGGAAGCAUGCGUUAAAAAAAGGAACUCAGUGGUUGAGUUUUAGCGGUUGGAGAAACGAGACAGAAGUUAUUAUUAGCUAUAGUUUAUUUGAAUAGUUUAUGCCUCUGGACUGGACCUGCAUCGAACCUCAUAACUUAAAAGUGCAACAGGUUGGAAGAUGGUGUCUUGGAUUAUAUCUAGGGUCAUCGUUCUUUUGUUUGGAACGCUGUAUCCUGCAUACUACUCCUUUAAAGCCGUCAAAUCCAAGAAUGUCAAAGAAUAUGUGCGAUGGAUGAUGUACUGGAUUGUGUUUGCUCUUUACACAGUGGUGGAGACCAUCACAGACCUUUCUUUGGCUUGGUUUCCAGUUUACUACGAACUGAAAAUGGCUUUCGUCUUUUGGUUGCUGUCUCCCUACACCAGAGGAGCCAGUGUCCUCUACAGGAAGUUCCUACACCCUAUGCUGGCAUCCAAGGAGAGGGAGAUUGAUGAUUAUAUCGUUCAGGCCAGAGAGAGGAGUUACGAGACCAUGGUGAAUUUCGGACGUCAGGGUCUCACGAUCGCGGCUGCUGCUGCUGUCUCCGCUGCUGUGAAGGGACAGGGUGCUAUCAGUGAACGUCUGAGGAGUUUCAGUAUUCCAGACUUGACGCAGUUACCCUCUGAACAAUCAGUGUUCUCAAACCCCAGCCGACGGGCCCUCCAGCCUGCUAACCCUAGCGCUGCUGAUUCUGAGCCAUAUAAACAAGCAGGGGAGGGGCAUGAGGAGGAAACAGAUGGAGUAUUCUCCGAUGACGAGGCGUCAGUGCAGAAGGGUCUGCGCAGAUCUCAGAGUGUGAAACUCGCCCGUGCCAAAGCAGCACGCAAAGAGCCUCGCUAUGGCUCUCUGAAGCUGAAACCCAGAAGGCGGCAGUUGAUUACAUCAUCCACUUUUGACCAUCCUUGAUUGUCCAAUACAAACCCACAUGGGAUCAGCAUCAAAACGGCAGUCUAAUCCUCGGUUUAAAACUGUUUAAUCCUAAACUUCGGAUUAAUGCUAAUGCUCUUUCAAAGCAGCACUAAACACAAAACUACAAACAGACUUACAGCAUGAACAAUGACUUUUACAUUUAUUCAUUUAGUAGAGGCUUUUUUCCAAAGUGAUUUACAGAUGUAAAAUACUACAGUACAAGUGACAAUGAUGCAGAAUGAAGAAUAGAGAAUUUUGCAUGCAGCAUUAUUUGUUCAGAAAAAAAAACAAAGCCUAAUAUGAGUACAGGAAGACUAAGAAUGUACUAAUAAUGUCAUUUAAAAGUGGAUCUGAGUGCAUCUGAUCUGUAAUUUGAUAUGAACCUGCCUUUGUAGAGACAUCUCUUAUUACGCAUAGCGUGGACACAGUAGCACAGGUAUAUCCCUGAUGGCCUCGCUCUCCCUCUACAGGGGCAGGAGUCAAAGUCAAAGGUUUCUGUAGUGUGCUCCCUUCAGCCUGUUUUCCCUGUAAUGAAAUGGAGCAGGAAAAAAAGUGCAUGUUAGCGGGGUUUUGUGUAUGCAUAGGUGUUUCAGCUUGUUAAUGUUUACAUUUCUAUAGUUCACACAGAAUUAAAGUUCUUUCAUCAUUUAUUCACCCAUAUGUCAUUCCAAACCCACAUUCUUUUUUCUUUUUUUUUUCAA